UUGAAUAGCAUGUUAUCUAUCUUUUCAUAUACUUAAUGGACGAAGUGUCGUGUGUUUAAGGAUUUGUGCACCUCACUAAAGACUUUUAUCGAACGAAUUGUACGAUAUCUAAAAUAUGGAAGAAUAUGCAAGAGAACCAUGUCCUUGGCGAAUAGUAGACGAUUGCGGAGGCGCCUUUACAAUGGGUGUCAUAGGUGGAGCAAUUUUCCAAAGCAUUAAAGGCUUCCGUAAUGCACCAAGUGGAUGGAGGCAGCGUUUUACAGGCAGUGUUGUAGCAAUCAGACAACGAGCACCUAUCAUUGCUGGAAAUUUUGCUGUAUGGGGUGGGAUGUUUUCCACAAUUGAUUGUACCUUAGUUCACUUUAGAGGAGGAAAGGAAGAUCCUUAUAACUCUAUCAUUAGUGGUGCUGCAACUGGUGGGAUUUUAGCAGCAAGAAAUGGCUUACCAGCAAUGGUAGGCAGUGCAAUCAUUGGCGGAGUGCUGUUGGCAUUAAUAGAAGGUGUAGGAAUUUGUUUCACACGUCUCUCCGCUGAACAAUUCAAACCACCGGCAUUAGUCGAAGAUUCAUCACAACUUGGCUCACCGCCACAAGGCUAUCCAUCAUAAUGUUCAAUCAAAUUAUUUAGAUUUAUUUCAAGUUAGAAAUAUUCAAGUAACAAUAUUCGAAAACGCUUUGCAUUAGAAUAUGCCUGAGCAUCUCUUUUUGCCAACUUUAAAUUUAUAAGCAGCAUAGAAGUCUUAGAUCUAAAAUCAAAUAAUAUUUUUUGUUGUUUUCAUAUUUGUUGCUGUAUUUCUUUGAACUCCCUUAAUUAGAAUGCCAAACACGAUACUCUGUAAAAAUUUGUCCUGUAAAUAUAAAAUAUAAGUAACAAAAAUAAAUGCAAA